AAUGCUCAUACAAUCCAUGAAAUCAAUUUGUCCACAAGUCAUAUUAUGAUAGAGCAGUAGCUUCGAAGAUUGCAUUGGUUGAUGUGCGCUGGCUUGAACUGGGGCCACAAGAUGUGGCUUCAGCAGGAAGCACUGACCCUCCUCACUAUUAGCCAACUCUCUUAACAGCAAGCCGAGCACUGAUUAGUUCAUUAUUGAGCGCUGGGUAUCCUGCAGCUGAGCGACCUAUCAUUAUGUGUUUGCAUAUGAUGAGUCUGCCACCCCCCAUCAGAGAAUCAAACCUACUGCACUGUCUCUGCACUGGAGGCAGGGUGCACAGACGGGGUUUCUCUGUCAUAUAUCAUUGACACUGCGGUGGGGGAAGAGCGUGUCCGCCUCCCUUGCCUCUCAUUCAUGCUGCGUCAUUCUUGCAACGGAGACACCUUCAUCUUCGAUCUCGGGAUACGGAGAGACUGGGAGGAGGCUCUUCCGCCCGUCCUCACAGAUAAGGUCAGGAGAAGCGCGAAGGUCGUGGUUCCGCAGAAUGUGACACAGUCGCUGCAGAAGGGCAGAUACGAUCGCUCACAGGUCAAGCAUAUCUGCCUCUCGCACAUCCACCUCGAUCACCUAUGCAAUCCCGCAUCCUUCGCGAACGCGACUUUCAUCGUCGGAGAGAACACGCGCGACCUACUCACUCCAGGCCAUCCGGCCGACCCAGAGGCGGAGUUCCGCAGUGACCUCCUCCCUACCGCGCGUACUCGAUAUAUAUCUCCCACUACGGAGGAUAUGAGACCGAUUGGCCCGUUCUCGCGCACGCUUGACGUUUACGGUGACGGCAGCUUGUACAUCGUCGACACGCCUGGCCAACUACCCGGCCAUUCAAGUUUGGGCGUGCUUGCGCGGACGUCCGCGGACGGCGGAUGGAUCUUCCUCGCGGGGGACGCUGCAGGCGACUGGCGGCUGCUGGUGGGAGAAACUGGAAUUGCGGACCACGAGCAUUUAGGCUGUGUACAUACAGACAAGAACAUCGCUGCGGCCACUAUCGAGCAGGUCAAGGUGUUGAUGAAGAUGCCGAGGGUGAGGGUGCUGAUUGUGCACGAUGUUCCGUGGUACGAGGAUAACAAAGACGGACCGGCAUUCCUGCCUGGCUCAAUUGAAUCGUUGUGACAGUUGGCGAUCAGUCAAUCAUGUCACCGACCUUGUAAUCCUCGUCCACUUUUUUGACACAAGGUCUUGCUCAAUAACCAAGAAUUAUGUAUUUCACCACAGCAGUAUUGCACUUGUAUGACGCUGUCGUGUAAUCACGAUUCUCUUUGUCAUUUGUAUUCAAGUGGCAACGCCCGAGAAGACCG